AUGUCCUCUCCCAUUCUCCCUGAGAAUGAGCCGCAGAUACUGCCGAGGAACCCCUUCGCUCGUCCAGGUCCCAUCCCUGAUAUCCGGCUAGAAGGCCUCUAUUUGGAGAGACCCCCUUCGCUGGUGCAAAGAGCCGAGUCGUCUUCAAGUUCAUCGAGCCCGGCUACUACAACAUCGUGUGGACCAAACGACAACUCGGGCGCUUGUGAGAAAUAUUACGGGUCUGAUGGGUCGAGUACAACUGUGCCAAUCGUUCUGGCAGUGGUUAUACCUUUAGCGAUCGCCCUGGGUUUGCUGUUAUAUCUGCAGAGGAGGCAUGUGAAGAAGCUAAGAAGAGAAGAUGCUGAAGACAAACACAAAUCCCUUGAUUUUGGCCUGCUCGAGGCGAAGCACAACCCGGGGGGGAAGAAGAAGGAUCGGAAAAACCCUGAGAUGUCGAUGGCUGAGAACAAAGAGACAGGCGGCCGACGAGCUCGUGGCUUGUCGCUUGACUUGGAUGCCAAUAACCCUUAUCUUCUGCCGCCCGAACUGCACCACUCCAGGGAAUCGCUCCAUUCGCUGUCUCGCUCUAUAACCACUGGUGACGAUAAAUAUCGUGCGACUACCUUUAUUCCUGAUGAUGGCUCCAUACGGCCACCGUCAAGUCUCAGAAGCCCUGUCGACGAUUCCUCAAGCUAUACCGGGUCUUCUAGCCGCAGGUUUCCAUUCGACUCGAGGCAGAAUUUGUUGCACAAUGCCCAGGAGCCUGCGAAUGUGCUACCUCCGUCAGGAAACCCUAUUCCAGCAGAGUCGGCUCCAGGAGGCCAUGGUCCUAUGCCACCAGUCAAAGCGAACACAUUGCUCCCUCCUACCAUACCCGACCCCAUCCGUGACUCUUUUGUGAGCACGGCGAGUAGCAAUGGAGCAGUGAACUCUUUGAGGGCCAGCAACAACUACCUCGGCCAAUUUAUUAGCGGCGGUGGAUUAUUUGAGGAGGAACAAGUCAAGAAGGAACCUAUAUCCACUGUCAAAGAGGUCCGGGCCGAGUCACCAGUUAUGCAAGUCCAGGCGCCUCCCCCAGUAGUACUCAAAGACGCUCCACCCCCAUUUACACCGUCCACAACUUCAACCUCUCAUGGACAGAAUCCUGUCGUUCCAGGCAUUACGUUGAAUACUCCAGAAGAACGCCAGGCACGGCUACCUCAGCUAAGCUUCAUCGACUCCCAAGGUAAUGGACAACAUGCCAUGACCUCGAAAGAAGACCCUCCUACCGCUCCAGAUACGUCAAAGAAGACGCUCCAGGGCAGCGACACUCGUUCAACGGAGUUCUCUGGCCCAGAGCUUUCGCAUACUCAGACAUCGCAAGGUCAACACCAGGCUCAACAAGAGGAAGACGAUUACUACGAUGAAUACGAGGCUUACGGAGAUCAUGAUCAACAAUAUCCUGAGGAGCACGGGUAUUAUGACUUCGAAGACUACGACGACUACACUGGGUACGAUCCCCGUCGGCUCACAAUGGGGCUGCGACCAUUACCCCCCGACGAUCCGUCCGAAAACCCAGAACAGCGCGCCAACCGGAUCAGAUCAUUCUAUAAAGAAUACUUUGAUGACUCCAAACCGCAGAAUCCGGCUCAAAACAUGCAAUAUUAUGAUGGUGCCGAAGGCUACCACCAGGACAGCUAUGGACCGGGUGCCUAUCCAGAUGGUUACUAUGAUCAGGCGGCAUAUUAUCCACCUCGGGGCAUGUCACAGAACGGCGCGUACGGGAGACAUCGUGCAACGGUGUCCAACGGAAGCUAUCAAUCCGGCCCUAGGGCGUUUUCUUCGGCAUCAGGUCGGUAUGGGGGAUAUCCUCGCAUGCCACCGCCGAAGAACCUGCCGCCGCCGAAAGCGCUGAACCUCUUACCAACGCCGGCAAAACUCAAGGAGGACACGUUUUUGCCCAUAGACUUUGCUCCCCCUCAGAAAAUCCACAACCAGCGAUCUGGUACUCCCGAUAGCCUCCGUGGAGGACUGAGGCCGUACUCGCCAGCGGUGAGGGCUCACAUUCCACUCGCAUCAUCAUUCGAUGAUCUGGCGGUUAUUCCCAGCCCGCAUCAAUUGAGAAAGUCAUCCACAUUCACAGCAUUGGACUUUGCACCGCCAUCGCGACUCAGAGUAAACGACACUGGCACUGAGACUGGAAGCAUUCGCAGCAAUCGAUCCGGAAUAUCGGCUCUCCACGUUCAUAAUAUCCGGACCGGCGCAUACCGUGUGAGUCGUAUACCAAAAGAGGUUGCAGGGACCAGAGACGAGCUGGCGGCUGCAUUGAAGCCGCAGUGGGAUCUAAAUCGAUGA